AUGAACGCCGAAGAAACACUAAUAGCUGCCGUCGAGAAGGCCAGCGUUGAGAAUGGCGUUGCUGAAAAGGACGUGAGCAAGGAGGAUAUUGUGACUCCUUGGGAUGUUUCCUCGACUUCGGCCAAAGGAGUCGACUAUAUGAAAUUGAUAGAAAAAUUCGGUUGUCGCACAAUGACGAAUGAUUUGGUUGAACGACUUGAGAAGUUGACCGGUGCGAAGCCACACGUGUUUCUGCGACGAGGAAUGUACUUUGCGCAUAGGGAUCUAACUGUCAUUCUUGAUCGUUUUGAGCAAAAGAAGCCAUUCUAUCUAUAUACGGGGCGAGGAGCAUCCGCAGGUUCUCUACAUCUUGGUCACUUGAUUCCAUUCAUUUUCACCAAAUAUCUUCAAGAUCUCUUCGAUGUCCCACUUGUUAUUCAGUUGACGGACGACGAGAAAUUCCUCUGGAAAGGAAUGACCGUGGAACAGGCCAAGAAGAUGGCCAUGGAAAACAUGAAGGACAUAAUUGCUGUCGGAUUUGAUCCAGAGAAGACGUUCAUCUUUAAUGAUUUUGACUACAUGUGUCCUCCGUUCUAUGAAAACAUUGUGAAGAUCUGGAAAACGGUCACAAACAAUCAAGCACGAGCAAUCUUUGGCUAUUCAGGAGAGGAUCCAAUUGGUAAAUCAGCUUUCCCAGCUGUCGAGUGUGCACCAUGUUUUUCUUCGUCUUUUCCACACAUUUUUGGAACAAAGAAAGACAUCCCAUGUCUGAUUCCAUGUGCUAUCGAUCAGGAUCCUUACUUCCGAAUGACUCGUGACGUGGCUCCUCGACUGAAAUAUUCCAAGCCGUCACUCAUCUUUAACACCUUUCUCCCGGCGUUGCAAGGCGCUCAGACAAAGAUGAGCUCGUCGGAUCCAAAUUCGUGCAUUUUCAUCUCGGACACCGCCAAUCAGAUCAAAAACAAGAUCAACAAGUAUGCUUUCUCUGGCGGUCAAGCCACCAUCGAGGAACACCAAAAGAUCGGAGGAAACUGCGACGUUGACAUUGCUUACCAGUUCCUCACCUAUUUCCUCGAGGACGAUGAUGAGUUGAAACACAUUCACGAGGAGUACACGGCUGGACGAAUGCUGACUGGUGAAUUGAAGCAACGUGCCAUUAAAGAGGUACAACGCGUCGUUGCGACUAUCAGCGAGAGGCGAAAGUCGGUCACCGAUCAAACUGUUGAGGAGUUCAGAAGGAUUCGGAAGCUCAAAUACGAUUUU